AUGGGCAUGGCAGGCACUGUCGCCAAUGGCGGCGCUCCUCGGCCCUCGAAGAUCCCCUAUUGGCGCCUUGUCUUCGACCAAAAAGUCGUCACCCCGGAGAUCAUCGAUUUUAACUACGAAGGGUUAGGGACAGAAGAAUCGCCCUAUGUCGUCACCUGGCUUCCUAAUGAUCCUCGAAACCCUAUGGCUUUUGGUAAUCUCUCAAAAUGGCUAUAUACUAUUCUAGUUUCCUUCGUGACCCUUACUGUCGCCCUGGUGUCAUCAGCAUACUCGGGAAGUAUAAGUCAGGUUGUUAUAGAGUUUCAAUGUGAGGAAGAGGUUGCCAUCCUCGGUAUCUCGCUAUUCGUUUUGGGCUUCGCCUUUGGCCCGCUACUAUGGGCUCCGAUGAGCGAGGUGUUCGGACGCCGUAAUGUUUUCUCAGUGACCUUUGCGCUUCUCACAGCUUUCAAUGCAGGGGCUGCGGGUUCAAAGAACAUUCAAACGCUCGUCAUCCUUCGCUUCCUGGCCGGAUUCUUCGGAUCCUCACCGUUUGGUAACGCGGGCGGCACGAUUGCAGAUUUGUUCCCCGCUGCCAAACGUGGUAUCGCUAUUAGUCUCUUCGCUGCAGCACCUCUUUGCGGACCUACUAUUGGCCCCGUCAUCGGUGGCUUUCUUGGCGCUGGAGCAGGCUGGCGCUGGGUGGAAGGAUUCCUGGCAGCCUUUUCCGGCGUAAUGUGGUUAUGCCUUAUCUUCUUCCUGCCGGAGACAUAUGCACCAGUUCUCUUGCGCCGACGGGCUGAAAAGCUGUCUGAGUUGAGUGGCAAGGUCUACCGCAGUAAACUGGAUAUGGAGAGAGGCAAGGUGUCUCUAGGCCAAGCAUUGAAGACUGCCCUGUCACGACCCUGGCUCAUGCUCUUCAGAGAACCCAUUGUGCUGCUUCUCUGUAUCUACAUGGCCAUCAUCUAUGGAACGCUUUACAUGCUGUUUGCAGCUUAUCCUAUCGUCUUUCAGGAGGCACGCGGUUGGAGCGAGGGUAUUGGAGGCUUGGCCUUUUUGGGUAUCCUAGUCGGAAUGGUAAUUGCAGUUGCUCUCACUAUUCCUGACAACCUAAAUUAUGCGAAGAAAUGCCAACAAGCCAACGGCCGUCUGCCUCCGGAGGUUCGUCUGCCCCCAAGUAUCCUUGGAGGGAUUGCCCUACCUAUUGGCCUUUUCUGGUUCGCCUGGACCAACUACCCGUCCAUCCACUGGAUGGCAUCUGUGGCUGCAGGUGCCCCAUUCGGGUUCGGCUUGGUAUUGGUAUUCCUGAGUGUUUUCAACUACCUCAUUGACGCAUACACGAUCUAUGCCGCAUCGGUUCUGGCGGCGAACUCGGCUCUCCGGUCUUUGCUCGGCUUUGCGUUCCCGUUGUUCACGACCUACAUGUACGAGAACCUCGGUAUCCAUUGGGCUUCCUCAAUCCCCGCGUUUUUGUCGCUAGCGUGCCUUCCUUUCCCUAUUGUCUUCUACCUGUAUGGUGCCCGCAUCCGCAAGCGCUGCCUCUAUGCUGCCCAGGCAGAGGCGUUCAUGCAGAGACUUGCUGCUGCGGCGCAGCAAAGCUCGGUUCCUUCACCCAAGUCUGACGUGGAGAAGGGGGGAUCUGCCGCUGGAGCUGAUAAUGGUGUCAGCGACGAUAGUGAUAGUAACAGCCUCUCCAGUAUGCCUUCUAGGGGUGCAAUGGAACGGCGGGCGUCGCGUGCUUCCAAGAAAUCCACUCACUCGCUUGCUCGUACAGUCACAUACGAGGAGAAUCCGUACGAUAUUGAUCGAGUCAAUACGUGCAACUCUACUAUCAGCGGCCGUCCUAGGAAGAAUUCGACCAAGGUAUGA